ACGAAAGUAAAGUCUCUCUUUCUCUGCUCGCUCUGUUCGUCUCUGUGUGCGGUAAAAUGGCAGAAGCUGCUCUAAAAACUCUGGACUCUUUCAACUGUCCGAUCUGUCUGGAUCUACUGAAGGAUCCAGUGACCAUUCCCUGUGGACACAGCUACUGUCUGGACUGUAUUAAGGACUACUGGGGUCAGGAUGAUCAGAGGGGGGUCUACAGCUGCCCCCAGUGCAGACACAGCUUCACUCCAAGGCCUGUUCUCAACAAGAACACCAUGCUGGCUGAACUAGCUGAGGGCCUGAGGAAGACGAGGCUCCAAGCUGCUCCUCCUGCUGGAUCUCCUGCUGGAUCUGGAGAUGUGGAGUGUGACGUCUGCAGUGGAACAAAACUCAGAGCUGUUAAAUCCUGUCGGGUGUGUCUGGCUUCUUACUGUGAAGCUCAUAUUCAGCCUCACUAUGAAUCUCCUGCAUUAAAGAAACACAAACUGGUUGAAGCCUCCAUGAAUCUGCAGGAGAAGAUCUGCUCUCUUCAUGAUAAGCUUCUAGAGGUUUUCUGUCGCACUGAUCAGCAGUGUGUAUGUCUGCUGUGUGUAAUGGAUGAACACAGUGGUCAUAAGACAGUUUCAGCUGCAGCAGAAAGAUCUGAGAAACAGAAGCAGCUGGUGGAGAAUCAGAGGAAAUUCCAGCAGAGAAUCCAGCAGACGGAGAAUAAACUGCGGGAGCUGAAACAGGCUAUGGACAAUCUCAGGCGCUCUGCACAGGCAGCAGUGGAGGACAGUGAGAAGAUCUUUUCUGAACUGAUUGAGUCCAUUGAGAGGAGACGCUCUGAGGUGAAAGAGCUGAUCAGAGCUCAGGAGAAGACUGAACUGAGUCAGGCUGAAGACCUCCUGAAGAAGCUGGAGCAGGAGAUUGCUGAUCUGAGGAGGAGAGACGCUGAGCUGGAGCAGCUUUCACACUCAGAGGACCACAUCCAUUUCCUCCAGAGUUUCCAGUCUCUCUCUGCUCCUCCUCAACCUGCAGACUUACCCUGUAUCACUAUCAGUCCACAGUUCUUCAUGAAACACCUGAAGAAAGCUGUGACUGGAGUGAUGGAACGAGUAAAAGGAGAAGCAGUCAAGUUCUCUGGAGGGAUUGUAUCUUCAUCCAUGACGCCUGAUACUUGGCAGAAACCACAACAAUUCCAUCAAUUACUUGAACCAAAGACCAGAGAGGACUUCCUGACAUAUUCCUGUCAGAUCUCUCUGGAUCCAAACACAGCAAACAGACAACUCGCUCUGUCUGAGAGGAACAGAAAAGUGACAGUGAUGCGGAAGAUCCAGAAACAUCCUGAUCAUCCAGAGAGAUUUGAUGGAGUGCAGCAAGUUCUCUGUAGAGAAAGUCUGACUGGACGCUGUUACUGGGAGGUCGAGUUUAGGGGAUAUUAUUUUGAUGUUGUAGUGUCUUAUAAAGGCGUCAGCAGGAAAGGUAAUCAGUCUGGAUUUGGCUCUAAUGAUCAGUCGUGGAGUCUGAUCUGCUCCGACUCCAGAUUCUCUUUCAGACACAAUAAUAAACAGACUGAACUCCCUGUAAAGUCCAGCUCCUCCAGAAUAGGAGUGUAUGUGGAUCACAGUGCAGGAAUUCUGUCCUUCUACAGCGUCUCUGACACAAUGACCCUCCUCCACAGAGUCCACACCACGUUCACUCAGCCCCUCUAUCCCGGAUUUGCAGUUUAUGGUUAUGGUAAUGUUCUUCAGAUCUGUGAUCUGAAUUAAAAUUCUGAUAAAAGCUGAAAAUGUGUUCACUUACAGUCGUAUGUGGGCGACUAAAAAAAACAAAAAAGCUGACAGAUUAUUAGAAACAGCGUAUAACAUGUGUACUAAUGUAACAUGCAGACAGAAUAGCAGACGCUUGCAGGUGAAACGUUAUGAGGUUUAAUACCAGAGGUAAUCAGGAAAAUCCAAAGAGGGAGAAACACAAAUCGUAGUUAAAGUUCAGUCAGAAUUCACAACACAAAUCAGUCCAGGCAGGCAAAAGUACACUAGGGUAAAACAGUAGUCAAAACCGGGUCAAACUUGGCAAAAGGCCAAAACACAGGAAACACAAAGUAGAGCGAACACUCAGUAAUUGCAUCAAACAAUACUUCGCAAAGGUUCUAACUAAAGUCCCAGCUUAUAUAGGUUGGGACUGAAGUUUGUCAGGUGCAAGUGACCAGUACUCAGGCGACUGGGAUUGCUGACAGGUGAGGGGAAAGAACAUGUGGUCCCCCCAAGCACUCUGGGAAAUGAAGUCCGAUUCCCCCGUUGACUGCAUGACUAAACUAAACACUAUAGAUUGUGGACUUUUAUAGAACACAGAUUUAAAAUGUCUUUUACUGUUUAUUUCAGUGUUAUAAAUAAAUAAACUGAACAUUUUAAUCAAAUCACAA